ACGCACACACGAAUCCUAAGACAUAUUUUUUAUGUACAACAUUAACACCUGACGAAUAAUAUUUAUAUCUUGUUUAACGAAUUGUAUAUGUAUAAUUAUACAGAAUCAUAUUACUAUUUACUUUAAAUGUGUAAGAUUGAUGUUAAUAUAAUCGGCCUGAAGUACUAAACACAACGUUACAAUUGUUUUAUUUGCAGUAUACCUAGUUUUCAAUUGAUCUAUUUUUUAUCGACUGAACAGAAAGAAGCUCUAUUAGUAUUUUUUCUAAUUAGAAGGGAAAAAUGCCCGGAAUUGCGAAUAUGUCUUUAGAUAAUAUGUUUUGCACCCGCUGUGGGGAUGGUUUUGAACCAAAUGAGAAAAUUGUCAACUCUAAUGGUGAACUUUGGCAUACUGGUUGUUUUGUAUGUGCACAAUGUUUCCGUGUAUUUCCGGAAGGUGUUUUCUACGAAUUCGAAGGACGAAAAUAUUGCGAACGAGAUUUUCAAGUCCUAUUUGCACCUUGUUGUGGAAAAUGCCGUGAAUUUGUGAUUGGUCGUGUUAUCAAGGCAAUGAACUCAAACUGGCACCCUGCUUGUUUUCGAUGUGAGGAAUGCAAUAUUGAACUGGCAGAUGCUGGAUUCAUAAAGCAUGCCGGCCGCGCUCUCUGCCAUGCUUGUAAUGCUCGUAUCAAGGCAGAUGGCCUGCAAAAUUAUAUAUGCCAUAAGUGCCACGGUGUAAUUGAUGGGGAGCCUCUGCGUUACCGUGGUGAGGUGUACCACGGCUAUCAUUUCUCUUGCGCUACUUGCGGCGUGGAACUCGAUCACACCGCCCGUGAAGUCAAGAACAGACCGGGAUAUGCUGCUAAUGAUGUCAAUAAUCUCUUUUGCCUUCGUUGCCAUGAUAAAAUGGGUAUCCCCAUUUGUGGAGCUUGUCGUCGUCCUAUAGAAGAAAGAAUUGUUACUGCUUUGGGCAAACAUUGGCAUGUUGAGCAUUUCGUGUGCGCUAAAUGUGAAAAGCCAUUCCAUGGUCAUCGUCACUAUGAGAAGAAAGGUUUGGCAUAUUGUGAACAACAUUAUCAUCAGCUGUUUGGCAACCUUUGUUACGUCUGCAACCAAGUUAUUGCUGGUGAUGUAUUCACGGCGUUGAACAAGGCCUGGUGCGUGCACCACUUUGCGUGCGCCGUGUGCGACACUGCGCUGAGCACGCGCAGCAAGUUCUACGAGUACGACGAGCGCCCAGCCUGCCGCCGCUGCUACGAGCGCCUGCCGACCGAGUUGCGCCGCCGUCUGCGCCGCGCGCACCACUACACGCUGCGGCGGUGAGCGUAUCUACCGCCGCGUCACCACCAGCGCCACCACCGCCACCACCGCCACGAAACCUUUGUUAUAUCUAAGUCUAAGUCUGACUAAAGCAAAGCAAAUUUGGAACAAAUAUUGUAUUCCAGAUACCAAAUAAUAACAACGCCACUACACUGCCUUUACUUGUAAUAAUAAAUACAACAUUACAAUAUAAAUAGUGAUCCCAUCAACUACACCCAGUAAGUAAUUAAGUUAUAUUUUGUGAAAUAUUUUCAAAACGUUUAUUUUUUAUUAUCUUGUAACAAUGAGUUGACAUUAUUAAAAUUA